AAACCGCUGAAUUGAUUAGCUGUGGGCACAGAAACAAACAUGGUGGACGAAACGUGAAAAAGUGUUUUUGAAAGGAAUCGGUAAUUUAGAGUUAACAUGAGGGUGGUUGCACUAAUCAGUGGUGGGAAGGAUAGCUGUUACAACAUGAUGGAAUGCGUGAGAAAUGGCCAUGAGAUUGUUGCACUCGCCAAUCUAAAACCAGAGAAAAAAGAUGAGCUGGACAGCUACAUGUUUCAAAGUGUUGGUCACAAUGCUAUCAACCUUUAUGCUGAAGCUAUGGAACUACCCCUCUAUCAGCGAAUUAUCUCGGGUUCUUCUGUUGAGCUUGGAAAGAACUAUAAAAUUAACAAAGAUGAUGAAGUUGAAGAUUUAUUUGAGCUGCUGAAGUCCAUUCAGGAAAAGAUGGAGUUUGAUGCUAUUGCAGUUGGAGCCAUCCUAUCUGAUUAUCAACGAGUUCGUGUUGAGCAUGUGUGCACACGUCUUGGCAUUGCCUCUUUAAGUUACCUUUGGAGAAGAGACCAAAAAGAACUCUAUACAGAGAUGCUUUCUAGUGGACUUGUUGCCAUCAUCAUUAAGGUGGCUGUCAUGGGUCUGUCUCCAAGAAAGCAUCUUGGUUUGACAAUGGAGCAGUUAUUUCCAACUGUUUGUAAGCUUAAUAAUGAAAUUGGAAUGAAUAUCUGUGGUGAGGGAGGAGAGUUUGAGUCCUUUACUCUGGAUUGUCCAUUAUUCAAGAAACGUAUCAUCAUUGAUGAGUCUGAGGUUGUCAUCCAUUCAGAUGAUGCCUUUGCCGAGGUUGGUUUCCUGCGACUGAAAGCCAUGCACCUUGAAGACAAACAAAUGAGUUUAAGUUUGAUCAAAAACUGCAAAGAGCAGACUUGUUAUUUCUGCUGUGAUGACAUUGAGAAUGUACCCGAAGAAAGCACACAUGAACAAGCAACAAAGGUUUCAUCUAACACAGACCAGCCUGAGCUACCCAUUAUUACAUUUUCUUGUGGAUUCCUUGAGUGCAAAGGGUCCAAUAACAAGGCAGCUUUGAAGACUGAUGGCUUUAUGUGGAUCUCAGAGGUGUGCGCAUAUGCCUCACCCGGUUCAUCAGUUGAGGAGGUGACCGCUACGGCCAUGAACAAACUUGCAGAGGAGGUUUGCCGUCUCGACGCGUCCCUGGAAGAUGUAAUCAUUGUAAACCUGUUUAUAAAAGACAUGAAGCAUUUUGGAAAAGUAAACUCUGUGUACAAGAAAUUUUUCCCACUUAACCCACCUGCAAGGGCGUGCGUGGAACUCGAUCUUAACGAAGAUAUCCUACUCAAAAUGGACUGUCUAGUCUACAACCAGCCGUCAGCGAAGGACUUUGACAAUGAUGACUUCGACUGUAUCCCAGUUCGAGAAGCAAUGCACGUCCAGAGCAUUUCCUACUGGGCCCCAGCCAAUAUCGGCCCCUACAGUCAAGCUGUCAAGGCAGGAGCGUUGAUGUUUGUGUCUGGCAAUAUCGGUUUAUGGCCGGCAAGCAUGAAGCUAGUUGACGGCGGAGUUUCCACACAAGCUGCACUCUCAUUACGGCACGUUGACAGAAUUGUAUCAGCUUUCUCCGCCCACGGAAAUCUCCGUAACACGCUCAGCGGCGUCUGCUACCUGACAUGCGCACAACAUAUCCCUGUUGCGAGGAAAGCGUGGUCCCUAGCAACCAGAGCGAAGAGAGCUCUUGAUGACGAUUCGUCAGAUGACGUGGAUGGUCUAAUGGCGUACAUCGUGGUGCCAAAUCUCCCCAAGGAAGCCCUAGUGGAAUGGCAAGUGGCAUGUUCCCAGAAUGCUCCACGGACGUGGAAACAUUACUCAAGCUCGUUGUUCCAAAGUGGCUGCACACUGGACUUCAAGAGCGUGUAUGAAACGGCUGGCGCUAUAUCCAGUUGUGUGGUGAAUUGUUCUAUAGUGUCUUCAGAAAUUAACCUGGAUGAUGUGAUGCCAUCUUUUAUUAAAGAACUGCAGCGGAUAUCCAUACAAAAUGGCUUCUUGUCAACCCAUCUGCUCUUAUUGAGGAUAUUUUACCUCAAGUCGGCAUUAAGGCGACGAGAAGUGGAGAUGGAAGUUUUUUUGUCUCGUACUUUACAAGACCUCUUGCCGUCACAAGUUCGUAUUUCCCUUCUACCGGUGGAAGGGCUCGGAGACAAUGCAGUCAUCAUGAUAAGCUGCCACUUCCACAAAUAGAACGAUCUUGCCAGGCUAAUCCCGAGGAUAGAUAGCCAGCUCUAAUCCACCAUCAAAGCGAAUGCUAUUUAUUAUAGUCAGGACAUGAUUUAACUGGUCGUACUCAGGGCGUCGGAGCCAUAGGAUGUGAGGGGAAAAAAAGAGGUAGAGAGGGGUCUUAUCUUGCUUCUUCCUUUCUUUUAUAUACUUCUACAGUCUUUCUUGUCUGGAGUUGAUCUCUGAGGGUUUCUUUUAGAUGGCAAACUAGCGUUUUGUAGACGGCAAUUAAAUUUUUUUUCAAUAUA